AUGGUGUGGCUUGCUGUGUCGGUCCUUCUGGGCUCUGCGGGUGCGGCAGCAAGGGUCGUGCAUGUGAAGAUGGGCUGGGAAACCGGCUUUGUGGACUCCGGACUAUUGCCAGCCAAAUCCAUCAUCGAACUCAAAUCAGUAAAUGAGACAAAUGUAAACGGUGGCCGCAGCAUCCACAGUUUGACAGUUGAGAAAGUCUCCUGGGCACGUGAAGGCGAGCAUGUCUUGAAGAUCUAUGCUGAUGGGAGGAACUAUGGGACCAACGGCGACUAUGCCUUCCGUGCUGAGCUCAGCGCAGUACAGGACGAGUACGUCUUUUUGCCUGGGGAUUAUCAUCUCUUCUCAAUGUCUUUCUGGCCAGAUGGCACCACGUGGGACAGGGUGACGAAAUACAGCGGCUUACUCAUGCAAUGGAAAAUGUCACCAGGCUUUCCACACGGAGCGUUGCGGCUGAGCAACAUGGGUGACUACAAGCUCUAUUUCUGUGGCUAUGACCUGUGGCCAGUUGGGGAUGGAGGAGGCAAUGGCCGGCAGAUCGGUUAUGCCAGGCGUGAUGCAUGGAAUGACGUUAAAUUUUUCUACAAGAAAUCGAUCAAUAGUGAUGGCGUGGUCAGGGUUUGGUUGAACGGAAACUUGGUAUUCGAGCACUACGGCAAGAACUUGCUGAAGACCACGGAGAGAGGCUACACCAAGUUUGGCCAGUAA